AAAAAAAGUAUAAUUAUAUUAUAUUUAUUAUCUAUUCUCUCCACUGUAAAAGUUAAGCCUCAUUAAAUUUAAAUAAUGCUGGGAAUAACAAAAAAAUUCUAUUCAGUUCAUUCAGUUCUUUAUAUUCCGACUUUUGUAAGAUGAAUAUAAAUUUGUGAAGUGUAAAACUAUACUGAACGUUUUGAGGUUAGGAAUUCAUCAUGAGUGACGCCGAGGAUGAAAUGAUACUCGAGGAAAUUCGAGCCUUAGAAAAUGCCUUGUCGAAAAAUAAUGAAACAACAAACGAAACGGAUUAUACAUUGACAAAUUUGAAAACAGAAAUUAUUUACUGUCAGGAUCAGUCGAAAAUUGAAGAUUAUCUUGAAGAGGAAGAAAACGAUCAAAGAACCGAAGAUUCAACAUCAAUUGUCGAGGAUUCAUUAAUAAUUAAUGAUAAUUUAACAGGUGCAUCAGCCGAGGCUCUACGUUUAAAUAAACAAUUAAUUGAACAUUUAAAUAAAACACGUGAACAUAUUGCCGAAUUAUUGGAAGAAUGCAAACGAAAAAAGGAGAUUAUCGCACAAAAAUUGAAGCUACGAAUGAAAACAAAUGUUACGACAAAAACAAUAACAUCACACGCUGGAAUGCCGUAUUUUAAGGAUAAAAAUUUCUUCGCCGCCCCCGCUAAUGACGAUACAAAAUUAAAGGAACAACGCGGUGAAUUACAAAUAAUACAUCUUCGUCGUGUUUCACGUUGGACGACAAAGGAUAAGGAAUUAUUAUUAAAAUCUGUGCACAAUGAAGUUGUCGAAAGUAUGCGAUAUAUGCCCGGCAAUGAGAGAAUUGAUCCAAAUAGUAUUAAAUUGGGUAAAAAUAAUACAUUACCCGGUGUUGUUGUUCGUGAAAUUGGUGAUUUGGGCAUUAGAGAAUUUGAUUGGAUGAAAAUUGCAGUCAGUGAUUUUCAAAAUAAACAUUCGCCAGAGGAAUGUCGUGUUAUGUGGAAUAUUUUCCUUCAUCCAUCGAUAAAUAAAUUCAAAUGGAGAAAGAAGGAGUUGAUUGAUUUAGAAAAAUAUGCGAAGCAAUAUAAAAAUGAAAAUUGGGAUCGAAUUGCUAACAAAUUAGGCACACAGAGAAGUGGUUAUCAAUGUUUCGUGAAAUACAAUACAAUGAAAAAAGUGCCCCAUAAUGAUAAACCCUGGACAAAGAAGGAGGACAAUAAACUAAUUCAAUUGAUAAAUAAAUUUAAAGUUGGCGAUUUUAUAAAUUGGGGCGAUAUCGCGAGUUGCGUUAAAACACGAACGAAACAUCAAAUUUAUUUCCGUUGGAUGUACAGUUUAGCGCCACAUUUAAAGAAAGGACGUUUCACCGAAGAGGAGGAUAAACUAUUGAAAGAAGCUAUCGAAAAAUAUGGAUUGAAUUUUAAGAAAAUCUCCACUCUCGUCCUUCCCGCACGCACCUCGGCUCAAUUAAGUGAUCAUUACAAUACAUUGACAAAUAAAGAUGACAAUAGUUGGACAGUAAAUCAGGAUACAAAACUCCUUGAAUUAUAUCACGAACAUGGUAAAAAUUGGUCGAAAAUAGCGACAUUUUUCGAGAAUAAAAGUCGUGUUCAACUUCGUCAUCGUUGGACAGCAUUGUCACGUUACGAGCAACGUGGUCUUAAUCUUCGACAAAUCCCAAGAAAUAAUUAUCGCGAUAAAGUUGCCCAAAAGGAAAUGAUUGUCUUUCAAAAGGUGACGACAAAAAGUGAGAAUGAUUUCAAGGAUUACGAUGAAAUUGACAUGGAGAUUAUUCACUAUUUUCAAUCGGUGAAUAUUCCCGUGACAAAAGCGGGUCGUAAGAAAAAAUUCUACACAACCAGUGAACUUGAACAGACAACAAGAAAAAUGUACAAUAUUCUAAAUCUCCUGGGGGCAAAUCUAAUAAUUCCAACCGAUCUCGACGAAUACGAUUGUCUCAAUGAACGUGACAAGCAAUUAUUGUCUUCCUUGAAAAAUCUCCCCUCAGACGCAUUGAAUGGUAAAAUAUCCGAGAAUAUCGAACAAACACGAAUUCGUCUAUUUGGAAAUAACGAAACAAACGAUGAACAUUAUGUGCCCCCGUUACCAUUCGGUGGCUACACACGAACACAAAAAUACAAUCAAAUGAUAAAUUACAGUCUCUAUAUUGACACCGUAUUCACCGAAAAUCGUGAUAUGAACUUUGAAACUCUUCCCAUAAUUUCACAAUUAAUUGGCGAGGAAACUAAUCACCAGUAUGAUAAAUUUGCCAAUUUACUGUCAAGUCCAUGUCGAUGCGAUGGUAAACGUCAAUUUCAAAAAAUCUACAUCCUCGGACCCAAUGAAUUGAUGAAAAAAGAAAAUGCCCCAUGUCACAGUCAACAAAUACAUAAUCUCUUUCAAUUUCAAUCGACAGUCUCGCGACCAAUAACGUCGGUGAAUUUAUUAAAAUCAAAUUCUUCAUAUUGCGCGAAUACAGUGGAGGUGAAUUUGGAAAAUUUCCCCUCAAUAAAACCGUGUUACACGACAAUAAUUGGUUAUCAAGGUAUUGAGAGUGUGAGAAAAACAAUUCGACGAAAUAAUGAUGCUGAUGAUGAGGAUAAUAAUGAUCAAACUGUGGAUUUGGUAAAAAUGUCGGAAUUUUAUCGUCGAGCAUUAGUGACAUUGAGAACGCGUCUUGUUCAAUUAUUUAAAUAUCCAAUUAUUAUGUCACAAAUAAUGCCACCUGAAUCUGUUGAAGAGAAUGAUGGUCUUUUUACAAGUGAUGACAAGAAGAGGAAAAAUCCUCCGACUAAAACUUCGAGGAGUCAAAAGAAGAGAAAAAUCAAAGUUGAAGUUGAAUAGAAAGGUAGUUUUUUUAUUCCAUUUAGAUAGAACAAAAAGAGGAAACAGAAAUUUUGCUAUUUUUCUUCAAUUUUUUUUCUAAAAGACGUAUUUUUUUCAUUUUAUUGAACUUUUGGAAUUUAUCAUUUUUUUCAGUUGCUUACAAGAAGAAAAAAACUUCUUUCAGUAAAAGUUGAAUCUUUUUCCAAGAAUUAUAUUAUUGAUUACUAUUUAUAAAUAUAUAUGAAAUAAACGUAUAUAUGUACAGAAUAAAUAAUUUGUUAAAUCGUUAAAU